AUGGUUAUUUGCGAAAGAAGUCACACACCGCAGAGUCUCCGAUCCUGCACAGAUUUGACCGAUCGAGCCUCGGGACGUCACUUUGCAUCUCCAAAGUCGCAACUUAUGCCGGCUACCUCGAAUGGAGAUGGUUUAUCCGCUAAACGAAGAAAAGAUGGUGGUCGCGAACGAGCCAGAAGUUGGGCAUCAACUGGAUCUGCUGAUUUCUGUAGUCGAAACAAAAGAAGAAGAGACCUAAGUAUUCAUUCAAGUAACACGUCCGACGAUGGUGGCUGCGUUACACCACCCUUGCGAAUCGAUGAAGAAACCGCUGCUGAAAUCACGAAUCAAAUCGAAUCACGUGAGAGCAGAAAUGCAAGCGACAGAUCGAGGGAAGCUCGACUGGAACGGGAAGCUGACUCGUGGAUUCGAUACCUCAUCAAGGAGGUGUGGUCUUAA